ACGAAAAAAGAUUAUAAUAAUCAAAAGUAGAUUUUGAGAAGAGUACACCAAUGGGAGUGCUCUAAUACAGCUAACUUAUAUGUCUUUCAUACCAAUUAUUUUGCUUUUUUGUCUUUCUAAUUAAUAAGCCCCAUGAAAUAUGCGUCAACAUACAUCGUUUUUAAUGAUAUAUUUGAUAUUCUUCAAAAGAAAAACUAUGCGUAGUGUUUUGAUAUUGAGACUCCUUAAAAGAUAAAAAUGAUGUCACAUGGAAUAAAUAAUUAAAAGAACCUUGUCUAUGCAAAAAAGAAUAAACCAAGAUAAAUAUUAAAAAGAGGAAAAGAGUGAAGGCAACAGCACAUAAUAAGAGGUUAGAUGGGCUCACAAACUCUAAUGUUUUCUUUUCUUUUCCCUUUCAGACUAUUAAUAUCUAUUGUUUCUUACCAAACCAACCACAAAAAUAUAAUAUAUUACCGUUAUAAAAAAAUAUUAUAUAUCUUAGCUUCAAUGUGUGUAUGUCCCUUCCUAUAUAUAUACACUGAAACAUAUGUUCUCCAUUCAAACAUUUUUGUCACAGACAAAAGCAUCUGAACACAGUCAAGAAUAUAUAUACAUCCCCACCAAACAAACAAAAAUAACCAUGGAAGUAAAUCAAGAAGCUUCAUCAAUGCCAGUAGUUCCCGUAGAUAGUUUCUCUUACAGUUGGGUAGUUAACAGUCCUUCUUUAGAAGAUUCCAUUGAUGAUUAUCAUCAAACCUACGAAGAUUCUUCUUCUUCCUUCAUAGAGAUGGAUCCAAGAUUGCCUCCUUCGAGAAGAUUCUUCAUCAACAAAUCCCAUGAAAGUAGCUUCAAGUUCGAUAACUUCGUCUCUUUCUCCGACGAAGAUCACUCUUUAGUUCACGCCGACGAGCUUUUCCGCGACGGCUACGUCAUGCCUUAUCUAUCAAAAGCCACGUCAGCAGCUACGGAAGAAGAAUAUGAGCCGUUGGACAAGAAAACGGAGAAGAAGAUGGAGACACGUGACAUAAAGAGCAAGUCUCCUUCUUCUUGUAGAAAGUUGAGAAGAGUUUCGAAAUGGGUUUUGUUGUUUUUGACGCCAUUGUGUAAAAGAUUAAGGAGAUGUAGAACCUCUAGAUCAUCCGGAGGUAUCGGUAUCGACUCUAGGAUCCGUGUAACGACGUUGUCUAGAAGCAGAGUUCAUUCUGAUGAAAUGACUUCGUCGCCAAGAAUAAGUGUUGCAGAUGAUUAUUAUUGGAGAAGGUCUUGUGACUCAGAGAGCUCCAUUUACGAAGCCGUUCUUCAUUGCAAGAAAUCUUUCGAGAAAUGAGACUUAAGAAUCCAUGGAAAAGGAGCAGGUAGGAGUAGAGAUGGAGAAUAUUAAGCAAAUUGCAUUACACGUUACACAUGGAGUGGCAAAGAGAGAGCAACUUGUGUUGUGUCUUUUGUUGUUUCUCUCUCUUGAAUUAAAGAGAUUGAUGUGAUGAUUCCAUGUGAAUGUGUCAUCUGAUGUGAGUCAAGAACUUUCUUUUUUUACAUGAGUGGGCACAUAUAUAGGGCAGCUAGCAGAAUCAAGAAAAUAUUUUCAGAUUUUCUUGGGUAUUAUAGUUUCUUUUCAUAUAUGUAAUCCUAUGUGUAUCUUAUAUGUGCCUACCCAUGUUUUACUUUCUGGUCAAAUUGUGUUUUGAAUAUUCUUACUUUUUGUGAAAAUUUUGUCUUUUAUUGUCUUAUAGAUCAUAUGUGGAUGUCAUCAUAUAUAUGCAUGAUUGAGCUCCUUUUCUUA